ACCGUGAUAAACGCCCAAACAUGUGGAGGGACAAUGUUGUCAUUUUGAUUUUUCUAACUCACUUGUCCUUUGCCACAAAGCAAAAAGUAGAACAUAAUGCUAUUCAGCUGUGUUCCCUUUAUCUUAAUCUUUUGUUCAUGAAUUUUUGCAAAGAAGCUUCCACUGUCAAAUUUAUUUUCUUUAUUGCUUUUUUUAGUAGUUUGCUAGUCAUGCAAGUUCAGUAUCUCAGAGAAGAAUAUAGGAGGGUUUUCACAAGACUCUUGGCAUUCUGAACAUCCUGACACUGCAUUUACAGAAUUUUAUCACAAUUAUUUGUUCAGAGUUUGAAAUCAGCAUAUUGCACUUCCCUUUUUCAGUCACCAGUAAUGUUUUGCCUAUAAGGUGUUUGUCUGAAGUCCUCAACACUAGAGCUGCCAUAUUUAUCAGCCUGAAACCAUGUUCAAAUCAUGGAGCAAGAAGAACAAGAUCAAAGCUGUGUUCAAGAUGGAAUUUCAGGCAACUCAGGUGCCAAAGAUGAAAAAGUCUGCACUGAUGGUAUCUUUGGUGCCAGAUGAUGUUGGGAAGCCAACAGUGAAACUGGAGAAAACCGCGGUCCAGGAUGGGACUUGCAUAUGGGAGAAUCCAAUUUUUGAAUCGGUUAAACUCGUUAGGGAUGCAAAAUCAGGGAUACUACAUGAGAAAAUCUACCAUUUCAUUGUUUCAACUGGAUCUUCAAAAUCUGGCUAUCUUGGGGAAGCCUCAGUUGAUUUUGCUGAUUUUGUAGCAGAAGUUGAGCCACUGACUGUUUCUCUACCCUUAAAGUUUGCCAAUUCUGGGGUAGUUUUACAUGUGACGAUUCAGAACGUGGAAGGAUAUACUGCUGAAAGAAAUGGGGAAGAUAAUGGAGCUGUGCAACUUUACAAUGAUGGAAGCUUGAAACACCAGCUGAGCUAUGACAGUACAGAUCAAGAAAGUUACAAUAUUGAUGAAAAUGGGCACCUGGCCAACUCUAGAUCUGAGUAUUCUGAACAAAAUGCAUCUAAUGGCAUCAGUCCUGGGGUAGCUUCAUGGGAGGAUCCUUAUAGCUUCAGACAGAACUCCAUGCCCUCAAAAGGAGCAGUUGAGGCCAAAGCAACAGAAACCCAAGCGCAUAAGAGGUCAAACACAAACUGGUCGACGGGUUCAGCAUCAGAUGGGAGUUUAGGUGACUGGACAAACAGCCUGGAAGAUACUCUUCCAAGAGUAAGAUUACAAGAAACUUCAGAUGAUGCCACUGAGAAUCUCAAGAAUGAAAUUGCUUCUCUGAAGAGGCAGGCAGAAGUAUCAGAACUAGAGUUACAGUCACUUCGGAGGCAGAUAGAAAAGGAAAGCACCCGAGGACAGAAUUUGUCGAGGCAAAUAAUCAGCCUCAGGGAGGAGAGAGAUUUGCUCAAGACCAAAUAUGAGCAAGUCAAGCCUGAGCAGAACUUAAACAAUGAGAGCAAAAUCUCUAAAAGUUUGAAGUCUGAGAUUGAAGAUACCAGGCUUCAGUUAGAGGCAAUAAAGGAAGAGCUUGUUUAUGAAAAAGAAGUGAGUGCCAAUCUUCAAUUGCAACUGCAGAAGACACAAAACUCAAAUUCUGAACUACUUUUGGCUGUGACAGAUCUUGAAGCAAUGCUAGAACAAAAGAAUAAGGAAAUAUUGGCUCUACCUACCAAUAUAAAAUCCAAGAAGAUUACUAAAGAGCAUGAUGAUGCCACCGAAUUGGAUCUCUUGCGGCAGAGGAUUGCAGACCAGGAUGGUGAAAUAGACAAUUUCUGCAAGCAACGGGAAGAGCUAAGCGAGCAUAUAAAAGAGCUCACUUGGGAAUAUGAGCUUCUGAAGAAGGAAAAUGUGGAUAUCUCUUUGAGAUUAAAGCAGGAUGAAGCACAACAUAUUAAGUUGCAAAAUGAACAUUCAGCUUCUUUAGUUACAAUACAACAACUAGAAUCUCAAGUAGAGAGACUAGAAGACAAGAUAAAAAUGCAGGAAGAUGAAUUUUCAGAAUAUUUGGUCUGCAUCAAGGACCUUGAAAGUCAAGUUAAGUCUUUGGAGAAAGAAUUGAAAAUACAGGCAGAGAAAUAUGAAGAUGAUCUCCAUGAAAUGCAAUGUGCAAAAACUGAGCAGGAAGAACGUGCCAUCCAAUUAGAAGAGGCAUUGAAAAAGACAAGACACAAUAAUGCUCUCACAUCUGAGCGUUUUCAGGAGGAAUAUAGAUCUCUUUCUGUUGAAAUGGCUCACAAAGUGGAGGAGAAUGAAAAGAUGGCCAUGGAAGCAGUUGCAGAAGCUGAUGAAUUGCGACACCAGAACAAACUUAUAGAAGAAAUGCUCCAUAAAUGCAAUGAAGAGCUCAGAUUUAUUACAAAUCAGAAUGAAUCGAAACUGGAAGAGCUCUCGAACCAGAUAAGUUCAAAAGAAAAAACAAUAGAACAGAUGUCACGAGAACUAGAAGUGAAGUCUAGACAACUUGAGGAUGCACAAAGGCACAGGGAUGAAAAGGAUGCGGCAUUUUCAAGGCAAAUUCAAAUGUUCAGAUCUCAAAUUAAAAAGUUGAUGGAAGAGGAGUGUACAUUCUCUAAACCCAAGCUAACAAAUAAGAUGUCUGAGACAGUAAGGAAAGAUGCAGAAACAAUCCCUGAACGACAACCAUCUAUGACAGUAAAUGAUGAGGAGAUGAUACUUGGAAACCUUCUGUCAGAAGUCGAAAACUUUAAGAUCCAGCACAAUGAAACAAAACACAGUUUGCACAAAGAACAAGUGGAUAAAGAAAAUAUGAAGAAACACAUCUCUCAACUAGAAGGAGAACUGAAGAAGAAGGAAGCAGAAGUAAAUGCUAUGGAAAAGAAGCUCAAGAAUAACAAAGGACGAGCUCCUGUUACACAAAUGAAUUUGAUUUCGAGAGACAAUGAGUGUUAUCCAACUCCUUCUGCUAAGUCACAUAUCAAGAAGUCAAAAUCAGAAAUGCUCAAGGGAAUGAAUGCUACAAGUGCUGCUAGCAAGUCAGAAGGAGGGACAAUAGGGAAGUCAGCUCCCCGAAGUGAUGUAAAAACUUGCUCUGCAAAUGAGGUGAUUGUCUCGAAUAAUCAUGAUGGUGAGUCCCACACAAAUGAAUUGUUGAAUGAAGUGUCAGCCCUAAAGGACAGGAACAAGUCUAUGGAAACUGAGCUAAAAGAAAUGGAAGAAAGAUAUUCAGAGAUUAGUCUGAAAUUCGCAGAGGUGGAAGGAGAACGACAGCAGCUUGUUAUGGCUCUACGUAAUCUCAAGAAUGGUAAGAAGAACUAAAAUUCUUUGCAGGCGUUCUGUUUCAUACAAAACAUACAAGAGUUAUGAAGGAGGCAGGAUAUCAUGAUCACCAGAACGGCAGAACCAAGCUCAACCUGUAAUUUACACCUUUGUUCUGACCUUCAUCCUCUACAAUCGACAUCAACUAACAGUUAUACUUAUACCUCGUCCAAACUUUUCUGGGCCCCAUAGUUAAAUAUUUAUGUUCGGACAGGCACAUUGGCAUGGUAGUAGCUGAAGGUACGAUGGUGGAGACUGGAGCCUCAUAUAGCUAGGCCAUGCAGCCAAUGGUUUUUCAUCAGUUUGACAUUUUUGGCAUGCUGUAACAUAUAAGUGAGACCUAUGAUGCUUAGAAGAUACGCUUUUGAUUGAGAAUGUGGACAGAAUAAAGAGAGAACAGACAUUUUAGUCUGGAAAUAUUCAAGCAACUGUCAGUUUACCUA